CUCGCCGUAGUUCGACCAUCCUGCCUUUCCGUCGAUCCCGGAUGUUCAAAUUCGUUCGUUGUACAUGUGUACGUUUUGUUUAUUUGUUCUUUAUCGUGAGAAGAGCGAAGCAAUGUCCGUCAACGCCACAAAUCCCAACAAUCCCAUUGUUUUCUUCGACGUUACAAUCGGAGGACAGGAUGUGGGGCGGAUGAAGAUUGAACUUUUUGCUGAUGUUGUCCCAAAAACGGCAGAGAAUUUCCGGCAGUUCUGCACUGGAGAGUUUCGGAAGGAUGGUGUCCCUAUCGGUUUCAAGGGCUGCACAUUCCAUAGGGUGAUCAAAGACUUUAUGAUCCAAGGAGGAGACUUCGUCAAUGGUGACGGUACCGGUAUCUGCAGCAUCUACCGAGGUCCGUUUGCUGAUGAGAACUUCCGGGUGAAGCAUUCUGCGCCUGGUCUUCUAUCAAUGGCAAACAGUGGUCCAGGCACAAAUGGAUGCCAAUUUUUCCUAACUUGUACAAAAUGUGACUGGCUGGAUGGAAAACAUGUCGUCUUUGGUAAAAUCGUUGAUGGACUGCUGAUCAUGAGAAAAAUUGAGAACGUUCCCACGGGACCCAACAACAAGCCCAAGCUCCCUAUCCUCAUUGCACAAUGUGGAGAGAUGUGAACCGCCAUGCAUGCAAAUUGUUACGUGUGCACGUGAAGUGACCUGCCAUUUAGUGACUCAUAUUCUUCUAGUCCAUGCACUAUAUCAGUUUAGCACAUCUCAUUUAAAAAACAACACAUACCUUGGCGGCAUAAAUAGUGAAUACAUUUUUUCAUUUUUAUAAACAUUUGUUUUUGAUUUUUGAUGUAAAAUGUGUUUUUGUUUUUUGUUUUUGAAUAAGGGAAAGGUGAGGAUCUAGAGCAGUGGUUCUUAACCUGGGUUCGAUUGAACCCUAGGGCCUCAGGGGUUCGACGGAGGUCAAAACACACCCAACUCAUCGUGUAAAUACAAAUUUCUCCCUAUCCGCGUAUUACGGAUACGGCAACAGCUGACUGGUUUGCAGGUGUGUAAUUUGUUGUGAGUUUAUGCACUGUGUUGGUUUUGUUGUUUGAACAAGGUGAUGUUCAUGCACAGUUCAUUUUAUGCACCAGUAAAAAAAACAUGGUAUCACUUUAGUAUGGGGAACAUAUUCACCAUUAAUUAGUUGCUUAUUAACAUGCAAAUAAGUAACAUAUUGGCUCUUAACUAGUCAUUCUUAAAUACUUAUUACUGCCUUAAUGGCCUUAUUAUAACCCUAACCCUCUAACCCUGACCCUAACCCUAACCAAAUAACUCUAAAUUAAGUAUUUGUUACUUAGAAUAUGUUCCCCAUACUAAAGUGUUACCAAAAACAUAUAACUUUG